GGGCCAGAGUAGUUGCCGAACAGCGACCGGUAUAGAUGGCACGAAAUCGCGCUAAAAUCAGUUUUGUGUUGUUUUCGUUCGAAUUCGUUGUAAGAAAAUAAAAUAUUGAGAGAAAAAAAAUUAUGAAAUAAAAUCGAAAAAGCAGCGAAAUAAAUAUUAAUAAAAUAAAAUCGUGUGUGCGCUAGUUUUACGCGAUUGUUUUUUUUUCGCGGUGGAACAGAGUCACAGUCUUUAAUAUCCGAUACAACUAAUAACAGAACGAUAUAUUUAUGUUUGUUGUUUUUGGUGUUUGUUUUUUUACUUUAAGUUUCAAUUAAUUGUCGUGACCUUUUUUCGGCUAUAGGUUCACAAUUUUAACGAAUGUGUAUACGCACUGCGUGUGGAUACAUUAUUUUUUGUUGUUAAAUUUUGUUUUUGUGGUCUGCACGAAAUGCUAAUAAAAAAAGCAAAAAUUUAAUUAAGUGAAUGUUGAUUUCUGCUUAAUUGUUCAGUGUUGUGCAAGCGACUUUUAACUAAAAGAAAUUUUUGUGAGCAAUAGUUGAGUCUAUUCGUUGAAUAGAAAACUAUUUGAUUGGAAUAAUAGGAAAGAAUUCAUUUUAUGUGUGGAAACAAUUCACACAUCGCAAAACAAAACCUACACAUUUUUUGGGUUUUAUUUUAUUUUGGUUUCUACCUGGUGUGUUUAUGGAUUGUUGAACUAUCAUCCAGAAAACAGAAUUUCAUCUGCGUCUACUAUGCUUCGCAUCAACCCGAUUUAGUUGGGAUCUUCUCGUCAUACAACAUAUUGUAUAUUAUGUACCACACACAAAAUGUACGGCAAAUAUUUGGGAACCGCACAACAACAAACUCAUGGAAAAUCCACUCACUGUUUGUUCAAAAAUGCAACAUUGUUUCGUGCAAUACAUAUAUAAAUCUACCUUGAAUGCAUAAAUAUUAAUGAUCUUCAAACAACCAAAGAAAAAGUGUAAUUUCGUAAUCGUGUAACAAAAAAGAAAAACGAAAAUUAAAAAUUCGAAAAAUAAGUGAAAAUUCAAAUUUUUCCCGUCAUUCUCAUCUAAUCAUAAUAACGUUAUACAAUUCUCGUUCCACAUUGUAAUAAAUGCAGUGCUACAAGUCAAAAAACGACGGAAAAGCUGAGAUUUUGUGUUUAAGUUAAUUGCAAUCGGAUUUAAUUUGAAUACGCUUGAGUGUUGAGCAUUGUUAAUAUGAAGACUUUUCGUUAUAAUUUCCACACACAAUCUCUAUGAAAGUAACACACAAUUUAUUAUAAAUUUUAAAAUUUCUUUCGGAGAGAAGGAGAACAAACUUCGCGAUUUAUAAUAAAAUUUCGUUUGAUGCUCAUUAUUUGGUGAAUAUGAAAAAUAUUAUCACCGACUAUUAUGUGGAUUAAAAUCGGUUUUUGUGAGGAUUUUAUCGAUUAAAAAUUUAUUUAUUGGUAAAGCUUAUGAUUUAUUGUAUAAUCGACAAACAUACAACGCUGAGCGGGGGGUAUUUUAUUGGAUUUACUAUUUACAAUCCAUGUUGAUUGAACCAAUUACACGUUCUGUUUCAUUUGAGGUGCCUGGACGGCCAAGCGGUGCCGAACUCAAGGCAAUGGCACUUAGACAACAACAGCAAAUUGAUUCACAGCAUCAAUUACUUGCGGCUAAGGAGCAGAGAUUACGAUUUUUGAAAGCACAAGAAAUUCGUGGUGCUGCUGCGGCAGCGGAAAGUGAACGGUUGCGACGGUUACGGGAACGGGUCGAGGCUCAAGAAUCAAAAUUGCGAAGACUUCGUGCGCUGCGCGGACAAGUUGAUUUGCAGAAAACUUACAACGUAACGCUGAGCAAUGAUCUCGACUCGAUACGUGCAUUAUUCAGCGAAAAAGAGAAGGAGCUUAGUUUGGCUGUGGCGAAAGUCGAAGCACUCACCAGACAAUUGGAAGAAUUACGGCGUGACAGGCGAGGUCCAUUGAAUCUAAUACCUGGAAAUGGAACGAAUAAUGCUGGUACGAAUGGGGUUAGUACGUCAGUUGCGACGGUGGAAUUAGAUAAACUACGAAGGGAAUUGAUGUAUCGCAAUCAAUUGUCUUUACAACAAGAUGCUCGACUUCAUUUGCAACGUGAGGCUUUACAGCAACGACAAGCUGAAUUACGUUCAGUUGAUCAACGCAUUCUGGAACUGCAGAAUCGAUUACACAAAAAGAAGGCAUCUACCUUACUGCACCAAUCUGGUAAUGGUACAGUACCGCAACAGCAGCAACAACAGCAGCAGCAACAGCAGCAGCAGCAACAGCAGCAGCAGCAACAGCAACUGCAGCAGCCUCAACCGAAUAGCAUUUUUAAUAGCAAUGGCAAUAAUAUCCCGAUUCUUACCAACAAUGCAAGCAAUAAGCCGUCAAAUAGUGUCUAUCCAUCACAACGGAUUAUACCACGAGGAAACAUUGCUGCUGUUGAACCGUAUAUGCAUACGCCACAAAAAACUGCACUAAAACCAGCUCAGCAUCAAAUCAAAAAGCCACAUCAACAGCAACUGUUCCAGGAUCUGACGAAUUUGAAGCAGAAUAUGCAACUAACCAACACCAACAUCAAUGUGAAUCAUAUUACGUUAGCCGACAGUGAUGAGAAUAAAUUGGCCAGACAGAAGCUGCAUAUGAAACAGAAUUCGAAGGACUUGGACAGUGAAACUGGAUCGGACGUUUCUACCAAGAAAAAUGACUCGAAAUUUCAAACUUUGCCUUACUUAACGAAAUAUGGACUGAGUAAAAGUGCUAGUAGCGGUGCGAUACCAUACAAUGUUACGUCAAUGCAUCAGAAGCAGAAGAGUAAUGAAAGUGACAGUGAUAAAACUAGUGAGUCGGAGGGUUCAACGAAAUUGAAUGGUCAAUCGCAUCAACAGUUAACCGUGCAUAGUAUUCCAUUGAGUACGAUAAACCGGUCUUUAGCCGUACCUGUCGCUACUGUGACUACGAACUCGGUACAGUUCUCCAAUGGCAAUCAGGAAAAUGAAGUCGAUAGGCCAGCGAUAAAGCCGAAGGCUAAACACCAAAUUCCAUCCGGUAAUCUGGUUGUUCCUCCAAGGAAACCAAUAAGCAGUGUUGCACCGACGACGGUAACGCAUGCAGCGAAAAGUGUUGCACAAAAUCCUAAAGUGCAUAUGGUCGCUCCGAAUGUAAACUCAACACCAAUUGUUUCCACUGGUGUUGAUAGUGAACAAAGUCGACCAGCACUGCCACCAAAACCGGCUAAACAAACGGAAUCCGAAUCAAACGGUCUUUCAUCGACAGUGCCUACCGUAGUCAGCGUAAUCAAUAAACCUCCAGUAACCGAACCCAUCCAAGAUAAUCAAUCUACAACAUCUGCGAACCAUCAACCCGCCGAUAAUCUUCCUAUUAAAGCUAGACCGUUAACAAUCAAAAAGCAACCCCUAUCCGAGCAGCCAAAGUUGCGAUCAAUGACGUCUGGUAUCAAACCGGUGCAGUAUACGUCCCGGCGGAUCGAAAUGCCGCCAGCGUUUUUAUUCCCAGAAAUCGAAAAGGGCAACCUGAAAGAUAAGAGCAGCAGUCAGUCAUCCAGCAGCAGUACGGUUGACGACACCGACAAAUCGACAACAUCGUCAACGAAUGACGAAGAGGUCAAUAAUCAUACUCACGAUGUGGUACGUCGAACGAGAUCUUCGUUGAGCGAAAAUGGUAAAGUGAAAUUGGCUCGCAGGGUUAGUUUCGAUCCGUUGGCAUUGCUGCUGGAUGCUAGUCUGGAGGGUGAAUUAGAAUUGGUCAAAAAGACUACAAUGCAGGUGCCGAAUCCAAGUGCUGCUAACGACGAGGGGAUAACAGCGCUCCAUAAUGCCAUAUGCGCUGGACAUUUUGCAAUAGUCAAAUUCCUUGUCGAAUACGGAUGCGACGUGAACGCCCAGGAUUCGGACGGAUGGACACCGUUACAUUGUGCGGCUAGUUGUAAUAACUUGGAAAUGGUGAAAUUUCUGGUCGAAUCGGGUGCAUGCUUAUUUGCGGCCACAUUGUCCGAUCACGAAACACCAGCCGAAAAAUGUGAAGAAGAUGAAGAGGGCUUCGAUGGAUGUUCCGAGUAUUUGUACAGUAUUCAGGAGAAACUGGGUAUACUGAACAAUGGCGAAGUGUUUGCGGUGUUUGCCUACGAUUCGCAGCAACCGGACGAAUUAAGCUUUGAUGUGAACGAUCGAUUGACAAUAUUGCGUAAAGGCGACGAUUCGGAGAGGGAAUGGUGGUGGGCUAAAUGUUCGCCAGGCAGAGAAGGAUAUGUUCCACGGAAUCUAUUAGGAUUGUACCCACGAGUGCCACUGCAACAACAAAUUGAUUAGCAGUUAGUGAAAUGUUGGACACAACGGAAUAAGUUUGGAAAAUUGAAGAAACAUUACGUAUCCAGUUUUAUGUAAGAGUUUCAUUCAACAAAUCAAUUUCUCGUUUCUUUUUGUAUAUUUUAAUGGAGAACAUUGUAAAUACUAGUAACCUAAUUAAAUGCAAUUGACCUAACAAUAAGGGGCAAAUGAUGUUAUACAUAUAUCUGAUAUACCGUCUUCUACCGUCUUCAGCAUAUUCGUUAACAAUAUCGAACGGAGAGUGGAAAUGAAGAGUUUAGUUUUCGAACAAUUGAAAAUUAAAAAGAAAAAAAAUUCUUGGAAAACUUCAUAAUGGCAAAUGAAUGGAUGGGCCAAUUCAUUAAUCAGCAUUCGAAUAUUUGAAAUGUUCACUGCAGGUAGUGAAGUCGUUUUCCACUUGGCUGUUUAAGUUUUAUUUUAUAAAAGAAGGGAAAAUUUCUUAACGAAACUUUCUAUGGGAAAGAAUAAAUUUUUCCCUGAGAGUGCAUCAACACUCCGCUUCUCUGGUAUUCAUUCAUUCAAGUUCGAUUAAAUUUGAAUAUGUUUCGUAUAAUACCGAGAGUUUAUCUUUCGCUUUAUCAGUGAUGUAUAACUUUAUCUGCCCCUUAGAGUAAUGGCAGACACAAGAAAAAAA